CUUGAAUAAUAUAAAUAACACACCAAAUGUGUUCUUUGCAAAAAGCUAAAGUCAAAAGACUCGUUCAUAUUACAAGCUUUUUGUAUACUAUGAUAUGAUUCAUAAUGUCAUAAUUAUACGUACAUUAUAUAUAUAAAUGAAACAUUGCUUUACUUGAUUACUUAAAUCCUUGAGCAUUUGUUUGUGAUUUCUAAACAGAGAAGAUAAGACAGAUGGCCGGGAGUGAAGGAGCAGAAGCAAACUUAGAGUCGACACCAACAUGGGUGGUGGCCAUAGUAUGCUUGGUUUUCGUCCUCGUUUCUUUAGCCGCCGAAAGGCUUAUUCACUACACUGGCAAGUACUUGAAGAAGACGAACAAGAAACCCUUGUAUCAAGCUCUCCAAAAAAUCAAAGAAGAGUUGAUGUUGGUGGGGUUCAUAUCUUUGUUACUGACGGUUUUCCAAGGAAGAAUAGGAAGAUUGUGCAUUACACAAAAAUUGGCCGAUAAAUGGCUUCCUUGUAAGAAAGUUCCACAAAUUGCCCCUCUUACUCAUGUAACUUGGCGUCAUCUUCUCUCUGAGGCUACUGACUCCACUUUUUGUCAACAAAAGGGGAAAGUUCCGGUGCUAUCUGUAACAGCGUUGCACCAUUUGCACAUCUUCAUCUUUGUAUUAGCUAUUGUCCAUGUCAUUAUGUGCGCCCUCACUAUUCUCUUUGGCGGCUUUAAGAUAAAGAGUCAAUGGCAAACGUGGGAGGAUUUAAUCCACAAAAAGGAGCUUGAUCCUGAACAUGGUAGAAAAGAUAGCAUCACAGUGGUAGAGCAACAUGGUUUUAUCAAGGGUCGUUCUUGGGCAGUCCAUUAUACUUUGCUAGGUUGGGUGCAAGCAUUUUUCAAACAAUAUUAUGGGUCAGUAACAGAAUCAGAUUAUAUCACUAUGCGAUUGGGCUUCAUUACGACACACUGCAAGGGUAAUCCCAAGUUUAAUUUUCACAAGUACAUGGUUCGUGCUUUUGAAGCUGACUUUAAGAAAGUUGUUGGAAUAAGCUGGUUUCUUUGGUUAUUCGUGGUGGUGUUUUUGUUUCUAAAUGUUAAUGGUUACCAUGUUUAUUUCUGGAUCGCUUUUGUCCCGUUAAUAUUGUUAGUUUGCGUGGGCACAAAAUUGGAGCACAUAAUAAUCCAACUAGCAAAGCAGGUGGCUCAAAGUCGAAGGCAUUCUGUAAUUGAUGGGAAUGUGGAAAUCCAUCCAUCAGACGAUCACUUCUGGUUUCACAAACCUCGUCUUCUUCUUUUCUUGAUUCAUAUCAUCCUCUUUCAGAACUCCUUUGAAGUCGCCUUUUUCUUCUGGAUUUGGGUUCAAUAUGGUUUCGACUCGUGCAUUAUGGGUUCGAUUGGAUAUACAAUACCACGACUCGUCAUAGCGGCAUUUGUGCAAUUUGUGUGCAGUUAUAGCACAUUACCACUCUAUGCUAUUGUUACCCAGAUGGGAAGUUCAUUCAACAAGGCAAUAUUUGAGGAUUACAUACAAGAAGGACUAAUACAUUGGGCACAGAAAGCCAAGAAAACAAGGACAUCUUUGCAUGGUGCUGGUUCAACAACUACAACUAAACCUACAAAAACAUCUCCAAAAAGAACUAUGUCUAUGCCUGCUAUUAGACUCUCUACUGCAACCAAUAACGAUCACGAUUCUGUUGCAAAGGAGAUACAACCACAAAACGACCAUAUUAUGUAACCAAUUAACCCCAUCAAUCAAUUCUAAUUGGACCUAGAAUUGGUUUUAAUAGUCGAGGUAGAGUUUAGUAGUCGACAAACCUUGUAACUUUGGAUUGAUCUUGGAUGUGUUCAUGUGUACUAUUGUUUUCCCUUCAGAAACUGUGAGAUAGAAAUAGGGGGAUCUACUUGUUUAAUUAUCUUUUUUUUUAAAAUUGCUGAAUUGGGUAAUUAUGUUAUCAACUACAACAAAAACUACAUUUAA